CAUUUGGUUUUCCCUGUCGACCUUAACUAAAUGAGAUGCCUUGGCCUGAGGGAUCAAAGUGUAGAAAUAUUGGAGAAUGAAAAAGUUUUGAGGGCAUUUCAUAAUUCUGAAUCAUGUCUGAUAACGGGGAACUAGAAGACAAGCCUCCAGCACCUCCUGUGCGCAUGAGCAGUACCAUUUUCAGCACUGGAGGCAAAGAUCCUUUAUCAACCAAUCACAGUUUGAAACCUUUGCCCUCUGUUCCAGAGGAAAAAAAGCCUAGGAAUAAAAUCAUCUCCAUAUUCUCAGGCACAGAGAAAGGAAGUAAAAAGAAAGAAAAGGAACGGCCAGAGAUUUCUCCUCCCUCUGAUUUUGAGCACACUAUCCAUGUUGGCUUUGAUGCUGUUACUGGAGAAUUUACUGGCAUGCCAGAACAGUGGGCACGAUUGUUACAGACCUCAAAUAUCACCAAACUAGAGCAAAAGAAGAAUCCUCAGGCUGUGCUGGAUGUCUUGAAGUUCUAUGAUUCUAACACAGUGAAGCAGAAAUACCUGAGUUUUACUCCUCCUGAGAAAGAUGGCUUUCCUUCCGGAACACCAGCAGCGCUUAAUACCAAGGGAACCGAAACAGCAGCCGCAGUAACGGAGGAAGAUGAUGAUGAUGAAGAGUCUGCUCCUCCUGUCAUUGCCCCACGACCAGAUCAUACCAAAUCAAUUUACACACGUUCUGUAAUUGACCCUAUUCCUGCCCCAGUUGGCGAUGCUAACAUUGAUGGAGGUGCAAAGUCUUCAGACAAACAGAAGAAGAAAACUAAGAUGACUGAUGAAGAGAUUAUGGAGAAAUUAAGAACUAUUGUGAGCAUAGGUGACCCUAAGAAAAAAUAUACAAGAUAUGAAAAAAUUGGACAAGGGGCUUCUGGUACAGUGUUCACGGCUACCGAUGUGGCGCUGGGGCAGGAGGUUGCUAUCAAGCAGAUCAAUUUACAGAAACAGCCCAAGAAGGAAUUGAUCAUUAAUGAGAUUCUAGUGAUGAAAGAAUUAAAGAAUCCCAACAUAGUUAACUUUUUGGACAGUUACCUGGUGGGCGAUGAGUUGUUCGUUGUAAUGGAGUACCUCGCUGGCGGGUCACUUACUGAUGUGGUAACAGAAACGUGCAUGGAUGAAGCUCAGAUUGCUGCCGUGUGCAGAGAGUGUUUACAGGCUUUGGAGUUCUUGCAUGCUAAUCAAGUGAUCCACAGAGACAUCAAAAGUGACAAUGUGCUUUUGGGGAUGGAAGGCUCAGUUAAACUUACUGACUUUGGUUUCUGUGCCCAGAUCACUCCUGAGCAGAGCAAACGCAGUACCAUGGUUGGCACACCUUACUGGAUGGCACCAGAAGUCGUUACACGGAAGGCCUAUGGCCCCAAAGUUGACAUAUGGUCUCUGGGUAUUAUGGCCAUCGAAAUGGUUGAAGGAGAGCCUCCAUACCUCAAUGAAAAUCCCUUGAGGGCCUUAUACCUAAUAGCAACUAAUGGAACCCCAGAACUUCAAAAUCCAGAGAAACUUUCCCCAAUAUUUCGGGAUUUCUUAAAUCGGUGUUUGGAGAUGGAUGUGGAGAAAAGGGGUUCAGCCAAAGAACUGUUACAGCACCCCUUCCUGAAACUGGCCAAACCCUUAUCUAGCUUGACACCGCUGAUCAUGGCAGCUAAAGACGCAAUGAGGAGUAACCGCUAACACCACUGCUAUGGCUCUUACUCUUUUCCAUUUUUCUUAAAGAAAUCUUUAAUAUAUGAAAAUUAUUACUCUCUGGGGGGUUUAAAGAAAUGAUCUGCAUCACUUGGAGGACAAAUCCAAACUACUUGUCCCUGAAGACAGCUAAGAGAAAGAAGCAAUAAGAGUUCAGACUUUCAGAUGAACCCCUGCCUUAGGGUCCAAACAGAAUUGUGGGACUAGCGUGACAUCUUCCAGCAGAUAGCCUACCACAGCCGCUCACCAUGCGUGACAUUUGUGUUUUCUUUUGAUGACUUUGUUAUAAUAGAUCCCACUCAUUGUCGAUUUUGGGGGUAUUUUUAAUACUUGAAUGUCAAAUUCAAGUUUUUCAGAGUUUUCAUCUGGUCUUUUCUCUUUGUAGCUUUCCCUUUCUUUGACUUACUCCUUUUGAGUUAGUUGCAGAUAUGGUAGAAAUAAUGUAGUCUUUAUAUUGGCAAAGGAGCUUUGACAUGGUUUAACUUUUUAUAGAAGUUAGGACCGGUUAUUGUUACAUGUAAUUUUUCAGUUCAGAAUUUGAACUGAAGAAGGGGGAAGAAAAAUAUGUGGUUUUUACCUUUUUUUUUUUUUUUUUUUUAACAAUGUGAAAGAGUCCAUUUUAGAAAUUUAAUGGUAGUGAGUUUGACAUUUGUUACAUGUAUAGAAAGAGGACUAAUAAUCUAUAUUUAUAACUAAAUCAUUGAUACAGAAAAAGAAUCCCACUGACUAUAUUCUAGUGUUCUGUCUUCCUUUCUGCCUGUUUCUCCUCAGAUGUGGCGUUAGGAAGCAGUGACGUGCUCUUGGUGCAGCUGGGCUUUGCCACAGUGGCGCCGCCGCCUCCUUCCCUUCCCCCUUCACUAGAAAGAAGCUUCUGUAUAUGUUGCAACUUUGGUGUCGGUUUUAAUAAACCUCUCACUUCACAUGUAUCCUUCCACUCUCUGGAACAAAUAGAAUAACCAUUGAAUUUUCAAAAUUUAAAAAGGCAUUUUAUUUUUCCAUUUAAAAAGAAAAAUACAUGGAGCUGGGCAAAAAACCCCAGAAACUUGAACCUUGGUGACUUCUAAAAUAGAAUGAUGAAAGAGAAAUGUCAUUACAGAUGCAAUAUAAGAUUUGUGAUAAUUGAAGUGUUCCCAACGCAUUACCAAUGUUUGGAUGUUUGUGAGUGCUUAAGUAACGAAGUACUAGUUGAUGGAUUCAUGAGUCAUUUGAGAUGCUGAGUUCCUAUAGCUGUUCUUUCUUUCAUGAGCAGAGAAUAUUCGUGUAAAGAACUGGAGAAAGAAAACGGAAAUGUGCUUAUUAAAUACUUUUUAUUUUCAAGAUUUAAUACAAGGUCUGAGACCUACAGCAAUUCUAGAGCGCCCCCUCCUCCCUGUCGUCCUCACUGCUUCUCCUCGCCCUGUGCUGCUCGGCUGGAGGAGGAGGCACUGCUCGCUUGGCAUGCCUGGACCUCACAAAUGAGGAGAAAGACCUUUGCUUGGUUCUGGGGAUUUUGUCUCCACCAUCCCCUUCAACGAACUUUCUACAUCCUUGCCGUUCUGCAGUAGUACAAAUCAUGAAUAAAAAUAAGUUUGCUGUUUAUUGGGAAAACUCGGGUCGGGGGAUUCAUUUCCAGUUAUAUCUCUGUUAAGAUACAAGUAUAAAAAAAAAUGGCUGGUUUUGUUUUCGUUUUGCUUUUGAUGAGUAAAACAAUGAAACUUACAUCUAGAGCACUUAAUGGUCCCUGUUUUUUAUAUAAUUUCCGACUUCAUCUUUCUCUGGACUGUAUUUGGCCUUCUACAAGCAUCACUAGUUUACAGAAACAAACUGGUUUAUCCCUGGUGGAAGCUGCAGUGCCUCUUGAGCUCCAGAUCUGGGCACUGUGGCAGUGUCUGGAUGGAUUAUAAAGAAGACACCCCGCGAAACGGACGGCCACCUAGAUGAUGAGCCUGAUCUCACGACUGCUCCAGGAGGCACUUCCAUCCCAUGUCAGAGCCCAUCUGUGGAGUAUGUGCCAAUGCCCUUCCCCACCCUGUGCUGUGACUCAGCAAAAGGCUUUUCCACUGAUAAAAAAAAAAAAAAAAAGAAA